AUGUCUUGUUUAGAUGUUUAUUCUAUAAUUGUACCAACAUAUAAUGAGAAAGAAAAUUUACCUUACUUAGUUUAUAUGAUUAUAAAUGAAAUGAAAAAGAAAACUAUAAAUUUUGAAAUAAUAUUAGUAGACGAUAAUAGUGAAGAUAAAACAGCUAAUGUUUAUAGAAAACUUCAAUCAAUCUUUAAAGAAGAAAAAUUAUUACUAGUUGAAAGAAAAGAAAAACUAGGUCUAAGGUCAGCCUAUAUAGAUGCUUUAAAAAUAGUGUCUGGAAAUUUUGUUAUUAUAAUGGAUGCUGACUUAUCUCAUCAUCCUAAAUAUAUAAAAGAUUUCAUAAAAAAACAAAAAGAAACAAAUUGUGACAUUGUUACAGGAUCUAGAUAUAAUAAAGAUGGAGGAAUAUCUGGGUGGAGUUUUAAAAGAGUUAUAAUUAGUCGUGUAGCAAAUUUUUUGUCUCAAUUUCUUUUGUUUAUUAAUUACAGUGAUCUAACUGGCUCAUUCAGACUAUAUAGAACAGAAACACUAAAAGAAAUUAUUGAACAAGUUGAAGGAAAAGGAUAUAUAUUUCAGAUGGAAGUUAUUGUAAGAGCAAAAAAAUUAAAUAAAAAAAUUGAAGAGGUUGGCUAUAUAUUUGUUGAUAGAUUAUUUGGGAAAUCAAAAUUAGAUUCAAAAGAAAUUUUUCAGUAUCUUUUUGGUUUAUUAAAACUAUUUUGGAUAAUUUAA